AUGUCAAUCCUUAGCGCGGCCGAUACGGUGCCGCCGGCGGAGAAUGACCUCGGCACCUACAUGGGCCAAGAGAACUGGAGGCUGCGCAUCCGCAAAGAGCAGUCUCGGGCGCCAAAGAACGCAGAGUUCUCCCUGCGGCUGGCCGUGCGUGCCCUCGACGUCACGAAGAAGCCGAACCAGGUGGAUCCAGGAGCCCAGGGUGCAGCGGACGCUCUCCUCGACGAGGAGACCGCGAGGAAUUUCCGAGCUCACCUCGUUGCCAAGACGGGCGCGCCCGGCCACUUCGAGCUCUGGCCGGAGACGUCGCAGCACAAUGUCGGCUGGCUGGUGCAG